CCUCCAUUCUCUUUGUAACUUAUGUUUCCUCUUUCGUAAACCCUAUGGCACUUAACUAAUUUGAGUGUCAAAGGACCCCCAAAAAAAACUCUAACGCCUUUUAUCGUGCUUUCUUGUUGUAGGUCCAGACUAGCCUAGCUCACAAGCCAGCUCAUCUCCGUCCGAAACAUCAUCAACAGUACUGAUCAUCAGAAAUGAUUAACCGAGUUGGACGUAAAUCUUUCAAGAAAAUUGUGUCAAUAGCUCCUAAUAAAAGAACAAACAUUUUAAGGUAAUAAUGCCACAGAAACAUUGAUGCCACUACCAACAAACUUUUAGUAUUACCGGAAAAUUUUUAGACAAAUUAAUAGCUUUAAAACAACUCGCAUUGCUUUCCAGGUAGUGUUUAACGAGUAAAAAGACAGAAAUAAAAAGGAAACCAAGGCUACAUUUGUGGACCUAAGAUUUUGCUCAAGCCGCAACAUAGCUGCAGCCAUUAGCCAUUAUCCUUCAAUUUCACUUUUUUUUAGUUUUGAGUAAUGAGCGAUGAGCGUUAAGAGACUCUCUGCAGACUUCACAGUUAAUGAGUCACACAAGGAAACUCGUGCAUGGGCUGUGGUCCAGUGUUGUUUUUGGGUUCCGUCAAAGAAUGAAAUGAGAGUAUUCCAGAUUAAAAAAAAAAAAAAAAAAGUAAAUGAGAGUAUCGAACCGAUUAGCAUCCUCCUGACCUAAAAGUUAACCUAUAUAAAAAAUCUUUAACUUCCCUCCAUUUCUCGACUGUUACCAAAGGCCAAGAAGCUGCUCUUUGUCCAACAUCUCUCGAACUGGGAGGUCGUAACGUAAUUGAAAACCCACAUGUCAGCUGUUCCCCAACCCACCAUUUCUCUCGCUUCGCGGAACUUCAAAUCUCUCCCAGCCCCCAAAACCCUUCUCAAAACCCUCUCUUCAUCACACUCCCUUACCCACUUCAAACAAAUCCACGCCCAAAUCCUCCGUUCCAACCACUCCCACUCCCAUUCCCUCAUACUUAAGCUCCUUCUCUCCUCCCCUUCGCUCACUUACUCUCUCUCCAUCUUUUUCCACCUCCCUCACCCUCUCCCUUCCAUCUCCACUCCCUUCCUACGCCACCUCUCUCGUAGCUCCAAACCCGAAUUGGCUUUCUUUGUUUACCAAAGACUGAGGAAUGAAGGUAUAAGAAUUGACAGGUUCGCUUUUCCUCCGCUUUUAAAGGCUGCGGCGACGGUUGGGGGCUUGGCUGAAGGGAAAGAGAUCCAUGGGUUUGGGUUUAAGUCGGGCUUUGAUUCGGACCCGUUCGUGCAGACCGGUCUUAUGGCAAUGUAUCUGGGCUGUGGGAGACUUUUGGAGGCCCGGCUGGUGUUUGAUAAAAUGUCUUACCGGGAUAUUGUUACAUGGAGUAUUAUGAUAGAUGGUUAUUGUCAAAGUGGACUUUUUGAUGAUGCAUUGGAGCUUUUUGAGGAGAUGAAGAGUGCAAAUAUUGAGGCGGAUAAGUUUAUUUUUUCCAGUUUUCUUUCUGCUUGUGGUCGUGCUGGUAAUCUAGAUUAUGGGAAAGCAAUACAUGACUACAUUAUUCAAAAUGAUCUUGUGGUUGAUGCUCAUUUAAGGAGUGCUCUUGUGACUAUGUAUGCAAGUUGUGGUUGUAUGGAUAUGGCUCAGCAAUUGUUUGAUCAGAUGACACCAAAGAACUUGGUUGUUUCAACAGCCAUGGUUUCUGGAUAUUCAAGACACGGACGAGUUGAGGAUGCUCGAUUGAUUUUUGACCAAAUGUUAGAGAAGGACUUGGUAUCUUGGAGUGCAAUGAUAUCUGGUUAUGCUGAGAGUGAUCAACCUCAAGAAGCUCUUAGAUUGUUUAAUGAACUGGAAGUUCUAGGAAUAAGACCUGAUCAAGUGACAAUGCUGAGUGUUAUAUCCGCUUGUGCACGUCUUGGUGUACUAGAUAAAGCCAAAUGGAUACAUUUAUUUGUUGAUAAGAACGGUUUUGGAGGAGCUUUACCUAUUAACAAUGCCCUCAUCGAUAUGUAUGCAAAAUGUGGGAGUCUGGAAAGAGCAAGAGGGGUUUUUGAGAAAAUGACAAGAAGAAAUGUAAUAUCUUGGACCAGUAUGAUCAAUGCAUUUGCCAUGCACGGGGAUGCCAAUAAUGCUUUAAUCUUCUUUCAUAAAAUGAAAGAGGCUCAUAUUGAGCCCAAUGGAAUUACAUUUGUGGGUGUGCUUUAUGCUUGCAGCCAUGCAGGGCUGGUUGAGGAGGGCAAAAAAAUCUUCACAUCCAUGAUUAAUGAAUACAAGAUCACUCCUAAACAUGAACACUAUGGUUGCAUGGUUGACCUCUUUGGCCGUGCUAAUCUUUUGAGAGAAGCUGUUGAGAUUGUAGAGACAAUGCCUUUGUCACCUAAUGUUGUCAUUUGGGGAUCCCUCAUGGCUGCUUGUCAAAUUCAUGGUGAGACUGAAUUAGGAGAAUUUGCUGCCAAAAGGCUACUUGAGCUGGAGCCAGAUCAUGAUGGGGCUCUUGUACUAUUAUCAAAUAUUUAUGCCAAAGAAAGAAAGUGGCAAGAUGUUGGGGAGUUGAGGCAAUUAAUGAAAGAAAGAGGUAUAUCUAAGGAAAAAGGAUGUAGUAGGAUAGAAUUGAACAAUGAGGUGCAUGAAUUUUUAGUGGCAGAUAGGAAUCACAAACAAGCAGAUGAGAUAUAUGACAAGUUGGAUGAAGUGGUUAAUCAAUUGAAGCUGGUUGGCUAUGCUCCUAACACCGGUAGUGUUCUGGUUGAUUUAGAAGAGGAAGAGAAAAGGGAGGUGGUUCUAUGGCAUAGUGAGAAGUUAGCACUUUGUUAUGGGCUCAUCAAUGGGAGAAAAGAUCCAUGCAUUCGGAUAGUUAAAAAUCUUAGAGUUUGUGAGGACUGUCAUACCUUUAUGAAGUUAGUUUCAAAGGUGUAUGGGAGAGAGAUUGUUGUCAGGGAUAGGACAAGGUUCCACCAUUAUAGAGAUGGGGUUUGUUCUUGUAAAGACUAUUGGUGACUUUUCUUGAGCCUUUUUUCUGCCUUUUGAUCCUAAACAGAGAAAUUCUGUAAUGGUUAAGAAUUCUUUAUGAUUGGAUAUUGUAUUUAUUAGGAAUGAAAGGAUGAGAACAUAGUCAGGGUGCCUGCGGAGUUGUAUUCAACAUGUGUUUUAGAAACCUGUUUUACAUUGCUAACAUCUUGUCCUGUUGUUAUUCAUUGUGUAGCAAGAUAAGGGGAAGGAUAUCAAUGAAAUACAAAGAAGCUAGACAGGAGAAGUGAGUGUUAUUUUCAGAGGGAAAAUUAAUUUACGAUCUUGUGACAUAUUCAUAUAAGUAAAAAACGUGUUGGCCACUUGUGUAUGUUUAAGGUACAUACCUCGAUAGAAAAGGUAUGAUGCUUUUGUAUAUUUGGUGCAAUCCCUUUUCCUUCAAUUAAUGAUAUAUUUGCGUUCCUAUUAUGUCCACACUACACUAGAUAAUACUUUCAUGUUUCUGGCCUUGAACUAUCAUUACUUAGUCCUCUUGUUAGACCCUUUCGAGUUAUCCAUGGCUGAAAGUAAUGAUUCAUCAAUAAAGAAGUGUAGAGUGUCAACAAAAGGAAAAUGCUGAAGAAGCGAUUGAAAACUUUUAAAGAAGAAACAGAAAUUGGAGAUUGGCUCCUAGACUGAGAUGAGCUGAAACUUAUAGCCAUAGACUCUUUGAAAUUGAAAGCCAAGUCCACAAUUGCAGUUGGCAUCUUCUUUCUGACUCUGGGUAGCAGCAGCAUCUAUCACCACGGCCUUGCUAGUUUGUGGUAUAUAGUAUCAUAACUCACAAGCCCUUCUAUUCCUUAAAAUGUUUAUGAAGGUUUUGAAAUUCUAAAUUCUGACAGUUCCCAUUUCUCCAAGAGUAAUGUUACGUUUAAGUUCAAUUGGGGUUUAGUUCCUUGAAAGGUUAUAUCUAGCGAAUUUGUAAGUGCAAACUUUUUUUUCCUAUAUCAAGUUGCAGCUUUUGUUGUACCAAAAAAAUGUUUGUUCAACCUCGCAUGACAUGUUUAAAAAUCUUGUGGAUGAAUAGUAUAUAGAAAAAGUGAAAUGAAUAGUAAUACAUAAUUGGCUUAAUGGUUGCAAUCGCAAUCUAUCAGAGAAGACUCGAGGUUCUGGACCAAAUUCCCCUCUAUAGAUGAUCUUCGUGCACGGGACACGUUAUCGAUGUUAUAUUGCUGUAGACUAAGAGAUGCUCGUCAAUGAGGAACUUGGUAUGAUGCUUAGGGUGGAUUAAGACUUAUGCUUCUUUGUCAAUCUUCCAAGACCACCAUUUUUAAUUGCUUCCCAGGAAUAUAUGUGACAUCUGCUUUUUUUCAGGAAUCUCUAACCGCAGUUGCCUUUUAUUGAUUUGCAAUUUACUCUAUGGUGCAAAAUUA